AUAAGCUGAUGUUUUCUUCAAUCCAGUUGUGCAGUUUUGCAUUAAUAGGCGUUUACUACUAAAAGAAGACAACGAGACCAUGAAAAAAUUGAUUUUUUUAUUACUCGGAUUAUUAACCUUUACCACGGCUAGACCUCAAAACCAACGGCUCAUUCAAAAUAUAGGAGCAAGGACGAUCAAAUAUUUAAAUGAACGAACUGAAAACGGAUAUAAAUUUUCUGUUGAACAGGAUGAUAAGCAGUUAAAAGAAGAAGUAGGCGAAUUCAUUAAUCAGGGCAAGGAAAACGAAUCGUUAUCGGUUAAAGGAUACUAUUCGUAUAUAGGAGAUGAUGGCCAAACUUACGCAGUUUCAUACACGGCGGAUGAGAAUGGAUUUCGACCGGAAGGUAAACACCUGCCCCCUGCUGCGAGUAGUCGCAAAGCGCCCGAAAUACUUUCUGCACCCAUUCCGUCGGGUGCUUUAGCUUCAUUGUCUGGAGGAUAACUUUCAAAUAAGCACAAUCAAAGAAUGUAAAAUUAUAAAAAAAGAUUUUGAUUCUAUUUCAGUUUAUAUUUUUUAUUAUAUA